GGAGCUUUCGUGGUUCGGUGAAAGGUUUUUAAUAUUAAUAAAAUCGUACAAUACACCUCGAACUCAAACGAACAGUAUUUCGGGAUUACUUGGAUUAUAUUUUCUUUCGAAGAAAUGGUAGAACGGAGAUCGCUAUAAAUUGUUGAGAGAGUCAGAGAGAGAGAGUAAGGAAUAACACUAAAGCUACUUUGUGGUGUUGACCGUAAUUUUUUCUGUAUACCUGAAAACGCAUUGUCAUAAAUACAUACAUAUAUAAUAUGUAACCUACGCUCUCUCCCUCUCUCAACUAAAUAGAAACUAAAUUUUACCUGCCUGAUACUUAUGAAAAAGCAUAAAAGCCGAGUUACCUUCGCUUUAUGGUCAUACACAUACGUGCAUUACUGAUAACAAAAACUCUAAGAGCUACAAAAAUUUAUUUUAGAAAACACCGUAUUUAAAAAAAAUUUGAUGGGUCAAGUAUUCCGUAAAAUUUCUAACAAUCUACUACCAAGCAGUUUGUUCACCACCUGCCUUAAACGUAAACGCAAUCUACAAAACAAAGACAAUGCAUCCAAAAGGCAACGUAUUUGCUACGAGAGACCUCUAAAUUCGAUGUAUGUAACACAUUCACACGUGAGAAAUAUCCCACCCGAAAUAAUAAGACCUUCAAAACAUGUAUUUGAUAAUACAAAAGCUAACACUGACGAAGAAGAAAUUUCACACAAGACACGCACCGAACUCAUAACUGUAUUCAAGAAAGAACCAGAAGACGCUGCAGUACGAAUAACACCAACAAUUGAGAACCACCAGAUAAAACAAGAAAUCACAGCGCAAACACCGACCGACGACCAGGUAAUGGAAAAAGCAACUAAUAUUGAAGGUCAAUUAAUCAAAGAAGAACCAACUGAACAUGGCAACGAGAGUGACAGAGAACAAGUCUCCGACGAAUGCUGCACUGAAAUAACUGACGAUUUCAGCAGCUCGAAUAUAACUGAGCAAGAAACAGAUGAGGACUCACAAAUGAUAAAACUAGGACCGAAUGGUACAGCAAUACCGAAGGCGAAGUACGACAAGAUUCGUUGGACUAGCAGUUCGUUUGCAACACGAAAACUGCUUAUGUGCGUAUUUGGCGCCGAAACGCUUGCCACGCACUCCUUCAGCGGCAGGAUUGCGCCAUUGUACUAUAAGCUUAAACAUACCAAAAAGCCCAGAUUGGAUCCAGACAAGGUAGCUGAUAUAAUUUAUUGUAUACAAAAACGAUUUCAAUGUUCAGAGAAAACAAUUCGAGCUGCGAUCAGCUCAAAAUGCGGAGACGAAGCGAAACUACAGCAACGAAAAAAUGUAUAAAUUUGAGAGAUGCUUUUGCCUCUAUCUAGGUUUUGCAAAUUUUGAGAGAGAAAAAUAUACAUAAAAUUUGACGAAUCUUAUUUUUGUUGUUUUGUGUUUAAUUUCAUAAAGUAUAGGGAGGGUUCGUGGAGGCUCGCUAAGUGGUUAUACUUCUUUGAAGUAUAGGAUAGUAGUUCCUUCAACUCCGGGUGGAGCGUGCAUGUUUUUAAGAGAGAUGGAAAUAAAAUUUAUUUGAAAUGGAAUUAACGCUACUACUCUCUAUUUUACUGUAGAGAACGUUCUCUUUGUCUAUUUUUUGUUCUUUUUUUUUUUGUAAACGAGGUGGAAAAGUGUAAUCAGCUCGCAUAAAAUUUCUCGGCACAAAUCAUUCGUUUGCGGUUCUAUCUACAGCUAUAUUUUUAGGCGUCACCUCAUAACAUAUAAAAAACCAUUUCUAGAAAAUAUCAAUACAUAAACUAUAAUAAUAAAAAAAUUGUCUAAAAAGAUAAUUAUAUUUGAUAUAACCAUAGAUCCAAAACUUACUAAAUUCGCUGAAAUGAUUUCUUUAAAAUUUCAUUUUAGCUUCAGUGUUCUCAUAGGAAAAAAAAUAACCGCUGGAUGGCGCAGGAGAUUAUUCUAAAAUAUUAGCUCUAUUGAAUUUCGAGUUGAAAGUUAAGUCAGACAGUCUUAAAUAACACUUACACUAAGUUACAAUUGGACACUUUUUAUAACCGAGCACGAACUAAAGCAAGUGUUACACAUUAGUUAUUUUGUUAUCUAAUAAAAAAUGUAGACAAAAUUAUAUCCUACAAUGUACUAUUAUGUCAACUACACCUGUGAUCUUCCAUUGACAACCUGUGCUCUUCCAUUUUUAAAUACUAUUUUUUCCUUCGACGGUUUGUGUUUACUCUCGCUUCGAAACACAUUUGCAUUAUGGCCUUACGAAUUUCUCUUUCAGAGCAAUUAAAAACAUUUUUUACACAAAAAAUUAUGUCAUCCACCAUGAGUGGAUGGAUUAUAUGUAUCAAUAUUAUAAGGCUGAAGAACGAAGUGAUUUUAUGAUUUAGACACUUUUAGACAAACUGUAAUAACCCAGCAACCCCUCGAUGGAUUUCAACCAAAUUUGGUGCGAGACACUACUUUUACACCGUUAUGUCACAGUUUUACGUUGUGCGAAAUUGAAUUAAAACCACGCCUACUUUCCAGCAUAAUAAAAAUUCCAUCAGAGUUACUGAAAUAAAUAAAUAGAACACCAAUGAAGAUAUCGGAAUAGGAUUUUGCACAGAUAGUGAGACCAAGGUAGACACUUCUCAACGAAAAAUGUUAGAAAUCGUACCAUAACUUUUCGAGGUCCCCAGUUGCAGAAAAUAUGGGAAGCUUCAAACCUACAUAUGUCGGGCUCUAUAACAAAAAUGUGGAUAAACUCAAGAGAUAUUUUUAUGAAAUAAGUUGUUAUCUUUUACUGAGGAUAAUGUGAUGUGGAAUAAAAUUGGAUUAAAUUGGUUCAGUAUUUCAAUUAGUUUCCUGGCGGCUUUUAGUAA